UUUAUAUGGGUAUCUGGUACACUAUACUCCAGUGGUUUUUCGACAGUUCAUGAGAAACUUUUAUAAUUAUCAGAAGAAUUAACAAAAAAGAGAAUUAAUACGCCACAAAAUGGCGUCUAUAAUAAUCCUUAUCAUUUCUUUAGUCUCCUUUGUAAAUGCUGGCUAUGUGUGGGUGGAUGACGAAGAAGAAGCACCAGCUCCUCCAGGAUACAAAAGGGUAAGGCAAUCUGAUACUACAGACGAUUACAAUUUCUUAUUUUAGAUAGUUCGAUCUAGUAGAAGUGAUUCAUUAUUUAUACCUUUAAGCAACUCAGUGCUCAUACUUUAUUUUCAGAUGUAUACUCCUCCUUUAAUGCAGCCUCCUCCUCUACCCGGAUUUGGUUACCUCCCUCCCCUUCCUCAACCACCUCCCCUAUACGUUCGAGAUUUCAGCCAAGGCUUCCAACAUUUUCCCUCACCCUUCGCUUCUGUAAAUAUACCAUCCCCAGCAGACAUUAAAAAUAUCAAACCGGAACCUGGUCAAGUUUUCAGUGGAGUUUCAUUGAAAUCUACACGUGGUUUUGAUAAAGACAAGGACGGCAAUACGGUCAAAACUGGUGGGACAACUAUUGUUGUCAAUGAUAACGGAGAAGUGAAGGAAACUAAAGUUGGAAAAAAUCCGCCAAAUAUUGAAGACCCCAUCGUCUAUCCAUCGGUAAGAUUUGGUGUAUUGAUUCCCGAACCAGUUAAAAUUAAAAGGAAGCCCCACGUUUUCAAACCUCAUGUUUUCAAGCCAUUCGAGCCCAUAACAUUCAAGCCUAUAGACAUGAAUUACAAACCAGCUGACGGUGAGAACUUCGUGGCGGUAUCUCAUUCAACACACAGCGAGUCAUCUAACAUCAACGGAGUGGUUAGCAACAGCGGGGGCAGCAACGAUAUGGUCAAUCUCAAUGGAGAAACUGAUCGAGAAGCGGUUGAAUUUCAUAAAAUGGCGCCAACCAUACUCCUUAUCUUUUCGUUCAUCGCUGUCACCAAUGCCGACUACGUGUGGGUAGAUGAAGAAAGCGAUGCACCACAGGGAUACAAAAGGAUGUAUGUUCCUCCACUGCCUCAGCCUCCUCCCUUACCCGGUUUUGGACAACUCCCACCUCUUCCCCAACCCCCUCCUCUGUAUGUCCCUGAUCUGAACCAAGGAUUCCAGCAUUUCCAACCAAACUUCGUUCCUAUAAACAUACCGUCACCAGCAGACAUUAAGAACACCAAACCUGCGCCUGGGCAGGUCUUCAAUGGUGUUUCUGUCAAGUCUGUGAGUGGUGUAAGUGUAGACAAGGACGGCAAUAUUGUCAAGACUGGCGGGACCACUUUUGUCGUUAAUGAUAAUGGUGAAGUGAAGGAGACAAAAGUGGGAAAAAAUCCUCCAAAUAUCGAAGAUCCUUUUGUUUUGGCGAUCUCUAGCGAAAAGCCUCACUUUCAGAUGCCAAAGAUACCCGACCCAGUAACAUUUGAGCCGAUUACUUUCAAACCUAUUGUUUUCAAGCCAUUCAAGCCAAUCACAUUCAAGCCAAUAACUUUUGAGCCAAUCACAUUCGACCCAAUAACUUUCAAGCCAAUUGAUAUGAACUACAAGCCAGCAGACGGUGAAAAUUACGUAGCGGUUUCUCAUUCGUCACAUGUUGAAACGUCUAAUAUUGAUGGUGUUGUUAGCAACAGCGGGGGAAGCAGCGAUAUGGUCAAUGUGAAUGGAAACACUGAUAAAGAAUUGGUUGAAUUCAGAAAUGACCCAGAAAACCAGACCGAGGAGGCUGAACACCAAAAUGAGGAAUAAAAUAAAUAAUGGAAGCCUUAAUUACUUACAGCACUUUGUAAUGUCGACCAGUGUUAAAGGAAACUUAGAUGUUUAAGAAAUUAACUAGAUUUUUAUUUUAAUAGUUUUGAAAAUUUAUUUGAUAUAAUAUAUAAUAAAAGAUAGUCUCAGUAGUAUGUUACUAAGCUACUUUAGUGAAUUUGCAAGUGAGGGUUGACAAUUUUUCUUUGAACUAUUAGAUUUGACAAAAUUGUUCAUUUCAUCCUCCUGCACAAUCUUUUGGACUUUUUAAAUGACCUUCUAUUUAUUUUUGCCUUUUUAACCCAUAUUAGCUUAGCCGUUAUUAUCUCUAGUAAUUUUACUUUCUGUGGUUUAUUCAAUAGUUAAGUUCUUGUAUUAUAAAUAAAAUUUUAUCAUUUGAUAUGUUUUUGUAGUAAUAAAUAUACAAAAUCUGUUUCAUA